UCGCAUUAACGGUAUGAGUUUCUUUUUUGGCUUUAUACGAAAUGUAUUUCUUAAGAUGUUACAAUUAAUUUGGUUUAGUAAGCGAAAAAUAACGAAUUCAUUAAGUAUAUAUGUGAAAACUAAUACGGGAAAUACAUUUGCUGUUGAUUUGGAUCCAAAAUGGGAUAUAAAAAAUGUAAAAGAGAUAGUAGCUUCUCAAAUGGGAACAUCACCUGAAGAUAUAAAAAUAAUAUUUGCAGGAAAAGAACUACAUAAUUCAACGAUAAUAGAAGAAUGUGAUUUGGGACAACAAAGUAUAUUGCAUGCAAUUCGAACUCCAUCACAAAGGUUAAAUAAAAAUAAAAAUACCAAUAUCAUUGAUGAAUCUCUUGAAAUUUCUGAAUUAAAUGAUAGUGGUGGAAAGCCAAUGAACGAAACUCUUACUGAUUUACCUUUAGAUGAAUCAGAUCUACAAGAAAAUUCAUCCAUGGAAGAGAAACAAGAGAAUCGAGCACAUUUUUUUGUAUUUUGUACAACACCAUGUAAAUCUGUGACAGUUGGAAAAUUAAGAGUAAGAUGUGCAACUUGUAAUAGUGGAGCAGUUACAGUAGAUAGAGAUCCUCAAUGCUGGCCAGAUGUAUUACAACCAAAAAGAAUAACAGUUCAUUGUGAAAAUAAUUUUUGUCCAGUACCUAUAACUGUUAAUGAUGAUACAGAAUCACAAGUUUUAUAUGCACAUUUCUAUUUUAAGUGUGGGAAACAUACUAGUUUAGGAGAAGAGGAUGAAGCAGUUCCUCUUUAUCUUAUAAAACCAAACUUAAGAAAAAUACCUUGUCUUGCUUGUACAGAUGUUAGGGAUAUGGUUUUGGUUUUUCCAUGUGAAGUUGGUCAUGUGACUUGUCUUGAUUGCUUUAAAGAUUAUUGUUCAGUUCGAUUAAGAGAACGUCAAUUCCAAUUUGAUGAUAUUAGUGGUUAUUAUACUUUACCAUGUCCAGCAGGAUGUGCAAAUUCUUUUGUUUCUGAAAUACAUCAUUUUCAUCUUCUUACUCCAGAACAGUAUGAGCAAUAUCAAAGAUUUAGCACAGAAGAAUAUGUGUUACGUGCUGGUGGACUUUUAUGUCCAAGACCAGAUUGUGGUAUGGGUAUCAUACCAGAGUCUCCAGAUGAUGGUAGUGAUAAAUGCAGAAAAAUUCAAUGUUUUGGUGGUUGUGGGUAUGUUUUUUGUAGACGAUGUUUACAAGGCUUCCAUUUAGGAGAAUGUGAAUUGCAACCAUCAGAAUCAUCAAAUGCCUUGCAUAAAUUGGGAUAUUUACUUGAUCCACAAAAAGUCAAUGAUGCAAAAUGGGAUGAAGCUAGUAAAAAAACUAUUAAAAUCUCAACAAAACCAUGUCCAAAAUGUAGAACACCAACUGAAAGAGAUGGAGGAUGCAUGCAUAUGGUUUGCACUAGAGCAGGAUGUGGUUAUCAUUGGUGUUGGAUAUGUCAAACAGAAUGGACAAGAGAUUGUAUGGGUAAUCAUUGGUUUGGAUAAUACAUAAGUAUUUAUAUCAGUAAAAUAUUAUUCUUUUUAUAAAUAUAAAUUACAAAGAAAAAAUUAGAAAUAUGAUUGUGCCAUCAUGAAUUAUACUAGUUAUUAUACUAGAUUAAUUCAAGAUAGCAAGUAAAAAUAAGUUUUAUAAGAUUUUGGAUAUUAUUUUAAAUGAGGAAUAACAUUUAGAUAUUUUUUUUUAAUUGUACUAUUUUUUUUUUUUUUAUACUUAUAUAAAUUAUUGAUUUAUUAGAGUUUUGCUCUAUAGAAUUUUGAUUACGAACAAUUCUAU